AUGGGUUACGGGCGCGCCCCGUUCGGGCGCACGCCCAGGGGCACGCGGGCGUGGGCGCUGGCGGCCACGGCGCCGGCCAGGGAUGGGCGCAGGGGCGCCACCCGCCCAGUGCGGGGGGGGGGGUUGCCAUUGACGGGGGAGGCCGUGGCGAGGCGGGCAGUCGCUGGUGGGGGACGCCGGGGCCCUAGCCGUGGAGGGCGCGCCGGCGGGGAAUGCGGUCGCGGCGGGCGAGCGGCUUGGCGAAGGCCGGCGCUGGCCAGGGGGCAACGCGCGUGGGCCGCCGUCAAGCAGGGGUGCGUGGUCGCGGGCGCAAGCGUGCGCGAGGGAAGGAGAGGGCAGGGCACGGGGUGGCAAGUGCGGCCCGGAGCGCGAGCUCCGCCACAUGGGCUCGGCGAUGUGGGUGCGGCUGUGGCCGCGCGAGGGCGCGCGUGUGAGGGCGAGGUAGGGCGCGGCCAGCGGUGGACGGCGCCGCGAGGAGGGAGAAGAGGUCGGGGCGCGGUGAACGGCUACGGGUGCGCUGCCUCGGUGGGCGGAGGCGCGGUCGAGCCGCCGGGUGGGGCGACGGCGGGGCCGACGCUGUGGUGUGCGUGCGCGCGGUCGACCUCGCGCAGAGGCAAGGAAGGGGGAGGACGAGGCCUCACCGCGGGAGCGUAG